UGUCUUCAUUAUCGCUUCAAGUAUUUCGGGGGUUUGCUAACACUGCCUAGAAAGACCCAAAUUGCCCUCGAAUACGUCUAUCAGCAUGCAGGCGGGAGUGACUGUCAUGUUUUCUGGGUGCACGGGAGUGGGGCGCAAAGGUUCAGGGAGGGUUUCAGAGCUAUUGCGCAUC